AUGUUAACUCCAGAUGCGUUCGCUAGACAACCAGUCAGUUAUCAAGAAAUGUUUCGUAUGCGUAACCGGGAGUACGGUACUUCACCGGCAAACAGCCCAGCUGGCUCGCUGGAGGAUCGUUCAUUUACCUUUUCCAAUAUGAAAAGGGCUGACGGCGCGAGGGCCAACAGCACAUGUACGGCUUCGGGUUAUGGACAAGGCACGACUCUCACUUCAAUAAACCGUCAGACUAGUUCGGUACAUGAUCACAUGUGCCUCAUGCUGAAUGCGCCAAAGGCGCUGAUUCGUGCUCAGUCCGACGAGCAUCUUCGAUCGCCCAUCGCUGAAGAGAACAAAAAGGCUCCUCUAUCGGCACGGGUAUCAUCAAAUGAACAAGAUGCCGCCGAACUGGCACGGUGCCAACAGAACCUUGAACGAGCAUAUCAAGAAAAAAGGGCAUUAGAGAUGUUAGUACAGCAACUGAGAAAACAGCUAAUGCAUGAGCGUCAAUCUCAUGAGAAUACUCGGCGAGAAUUGGAACGGCUCAGGAUACAAUUGGAUAAAAGAUGA